GAUAUAAACCAGGUUUAUAUAUUAUUUGAUAAAUUUAUUUUUAAAUAUUGGAAAUGCAGCAAAAGGGGAGUUCACUGUGCUGUAAAAUUCUAAUAGUAUUGACUGCACCAGCAUUUCAGUGCGACUUCAGCAAACACUUCCACAUCAAAAAUGGAUGAUGACUAUGAAUGGCAGCCUCCCUCUGAGGCAGAGUUGAAGAUAAUCCAGGCACGACGGGAGAGAUCAGAUCGUAUCAGCAAAUUGUUGGGAGACUACAUGCUCAAGGGAUACAAGAUGCUCGGCAUUUGCUGUCAAGCUUGCUCGACAAUCCUGCUUCAGGACAAGCAGGGCGUGAACUACUGCGUGGCCUGUCAAGAACUGGACACCGACAUUGACAAGGACGAUCCAGUUCUGUGCCAAGCUGCAGCUCGCUCACAGAUACUGGAAGGUUCUGUUGCUGACGAUGAAGAUAGGGAUGACCUCUCUUUCAUGGCCAGAAUGGUUCCAUUAUCCACACAGCAACACACAACCAGUCAUCCACCUGUCCUGCCCGCACAACAAACCAGUCCAGUCACCAUAGCAACGGCAUCUUCUACAGCAGGCACUAGCCAAUCACACACCCAGGCAUUGGGCUUGAACUUUAGUCCAUCUGUCAAUGUUCUGUGUGACAAGAUAAAAUGGGCCACCGAUGAACUGAGGGAAUCCAAAAGUGUUGAGUAUUCCAUCCACCUGUGUCAGCUGUUGAAGACAUCUGCAGAUGCUUUACAGAGUCUCAAAGCUUUAUGAUACACAAGAAUAUUUGCAGUUUUGUUAUGUCUUAUUUCUUUUGAAAAAAAAAUUGCUAAGCUUGAUGAUUUAUUGGUGAUGUAUAAUUAUUUUUCAAAAUCUUUAAACUGUUUGCAUUUCUGCAAUUACCGUAAUACUAUUUUCUUAUGAACAUAAUGAACACAACACUUCAUAUGUGCUAACAAUAGUGUACAUGUAUCUGCCAUAAUGUAAACUGUUUAAUGGUGUCAAUAUCACGUUGAAUUAAGGUAUCCUUUUUACUGUCAAAAGUAGAUGCUGUUUUGAAGCCAUUUACAUACAUGAUACAACAGAGCGAGCAUGUUGUUUUUGAACCUUUAAACAGUCUAUUCUUCCUUCCAAAAGACUAGCAAUCAACUAAUGUACAUUUUUGUACACACUAUAAACUGUUGUUUAUUUUGUUAAGUAUAUAAGUAAAUUCAUGCAUAAAUGGUUGGAACUCUUU